GGUUUUUGUUAAGCUAAUUUGUUUCUGUGGUGCAGGCGUCACCUACUGUGUGGUAAGCCAACCUAUGUAGCGAUAUUUUUCUUUUACAGUAGCGCGUCUAGACACAGCUUUGUUUAAAUUUGUUAACGUGGCAAUUCGCUAGACGUCACGUGUGUGUGUUAGAAGCCAGUUAGAGUUGUAGCCAGUGCGUGUUCGGCGUGUAACUGGCAGUAGUUGAGUAGAGCUAGCGCAAGGCAGUUCGCUGUAAUUUGGUCGGCACGAUGAAAUUGUAUCCUGUCAAAGAAAUCGAAUAAAAACCAAAUAUAUCGGUUCAAGGCAGGACGCAAAGUUUUGGUUCCCUUUCUCGACUGUUCAUAACAUUCGAUUUCUUGCUAACCUGGGAUAGAAGAUUGAGGGAAUACAGUAGCAAUGGCUCAAGAAGCUAAGGAUCUCAAGAUCAAGCGCAGGAGUGCUAAGGCGAAGCUGACCCGAUUAUCAAAUGCCAUACAGCAACUUCUGGAUAGCGACAGAGAAGUAGAUGAGGUAACAGAGUGCGUGAAGCAGUUAGAGCUGGCCUACCAGGAUCUGCAAAUUAAGCAUGAGGCCUAUUGUAUGCUCAUCCAAGACGAUGAAGAAUUCGAGAAGGAAGAAGUCUGGAUGAAAGACUGCCAGACUGUCUUUAUGACCAUGAAAAUGCAAGUAAAGGAUCAUUAUAAGGAGCAGGCGACUGAUGUAAAGGUAGAAGGCGUAAAUGAGGUUCUUGCAUCUACGGACACAGAGCGAGGUGGGUUAGAAAUUCAGACGAGGCCCAGUCCUAGUCCACAAGUAGAGGCUACAGCGUGCAAAGUACAGAUGGAGCGGCCGAGGCUCCCACGUUUCAGUGGUGAUGUAAGGGAAUAUGCGAUCUUUAGAUCCGACUUUCACCACCUAAUUGACAGCAGGUACAGCAAGCGAGACGCAAUUACUCUCCUGCGUACGUGCUUGCAGGGAACGCCGGCAGAUCUGAUAAGAGGAAUCGGCAACGAUUACGAUGCUGCAUGGGCGCAUUUAGAUAACAUCUAUGGGGAUCCACGCUUCGUGUCAGAUGCCAUUGUUCAUGACUUGGGAAAGUUUCGCCCGCUUAAGGAAGGUGAGGAUGCACGAUUUUGUGACCUGGUGCAUCUGGUGCGGAGAAGCUACAACACGCUUAAGGAAGUGGGUCAAACACAUGACAUGGACAACAGCCACAUGCUAGCUAUGGUGGAAAGGAAAAUGAGCCAGGAAGACAGAAAGGUGUGGUUCGCAUCGGAAAGCGUGAAAACGGCACCAUCCUUCCUGCUGAUGUUGGACUGGAUGGCUGGAGAGUUAAAGAUCAACUUGGUUGACCAGUGUAAGAAGAUUCUUUCUAAGAGGCAACCUGAUAGAUUUCAGCUGAUGAAGGACAACCAUGCUUGUUUUAGUUGUCUCAAGAAAGCUGGUAGGGAGCACCGGAUGACGAACUGCAAGAGAAGGAAGAGAUGCACGGAGCUAGUUAAUGGGGCGCAGUGUGCCCAGAUUAGUCUGGUGAAGCAGUCGCUAGCAGAGGAGUUGAACCUGAAAGGAAGACCGAUAUCCAUCAACAUUACGAAAGUUGGAGGCGAUGUUGAAGAAGUGCACACAAAAUUCUAUCGUAUGAAACUGCAGUCACUUGACGACAAGCGUGUUUAUGGAGUGUCAGCUGUUGGGCUUCAGUGCAUCAACAACGACAUAGCAGAGGUACAGAUAGAAGAUCUUGCCAAGACAUUUCACCUGAAUAAGAGGAAUGUACACCGUGGAGUGGUUCCAUCGACGUUCUGGUGGGGAUCGACCAUGCCUACCUACAUGAAGGAGAAACCAAACAGGAAGGGAGCUUGGUAG